CUGAUAGAGAGCAUACCAACACACACACUUGCGUUUGAAAAUCAGUAUCAUACUGACCAACUCCGCAUGGAAAAUAAUAGAUAUCCAUAUUCAAAACAAUAUGAACCCAAUUACUGCGACUACUUCAUCAAACAGUUUUUCUAUUUGGGUGAAACGUGCAAGUGCCGGUUUGCUCAUAACUGAUCCUUCAUUAACAGCAUGCUCGAUAUUACGAAUAGCAUAUGAAAAAGACUUUUUAUCUGGAUCUUCCGAUAUCAGAGAGGGUGUGGGCAUGGCUUGAAUGUAGUUGAAAAGUACAUGAUACUCACUCAGAAUUUCUUCUAAGUAUUUGCAGUAUCUCGAAUAAAUACUACUAACAACAUUUUCCUUUUCUUAUUAUACACAAAUCAAAAUUAUAUCUAAAAUUACAUUUAAAUGCAAUAGUUCUUUGCAAUGUGAAAAAUAACUAUUCUCCACAAACAUUACUUUUAUCUUCGUAAAGAGAAUAAAAUUUUAUAGUUGAUAAAUGCGGAGCUUGAAACUACCCACUUCUAAUGUUAUUGAUAGAUAUUUUACUCUUUGAAAAUAUACUAAUAGCAGUUGACUCUUAACUUUAUCACAUGAUGAUGGAUUUCACGAUUUACAUUCCGUGCACUUACUUUCCAUUGAUUGUUUUUUUUCGUUGAAAAAUAUUACUUUUAUUGUCGAGGAUUUACUUUCCGUUGAUUGCUUAGAUUAUACGAAAUGAGUAGUGAGUAUAGUCAUAGCGACAAUCAAUGUUUUCUCAGAGCAGAAGUUCAAUAAAUAUAUGAAUAAAUAACUAAAAAAAAGAGAGAUAUUUGUUUAUUUUUUCGAUGGACUUUGAAAGUAUUUGAGUCUAGCAACUUUUAAAAGCGUUACAAUAUUAGUACGACCUACAUCAUAACGUUGCCACAAUUUUAUUAAACACUCAUCAGGUGUACCAUUGUUAUUUUUGACGUCUCGAAAUUGGCGCUCCCCGGUCGUCUCAUAUUCUUGAAAUUGAAAAUCGUUCUCUUAUUUCAUUGACUGUCGCAACGAAUACCCUCUACUCAUUUCGUAUGGUCUAAGCAAUCAACGGAAAGUAAAUCCUCAGCAAUAAAAAUAAUAUUUUUCAACGAAAAAAAAAACAAUUAAUUUUAAAAAUAAUCAAUGGAAAGUAAAUCGUGCACUUGUAUAAUGAUCUAUGCAUUUUUCAAUUGCAUUUUUCGCAGAAAAGAAUCAGACAGAUUAGAAGAAAUGAAAUGGAUAUCAAAUUGUCGGUUAUUGAUAUUUCAAUUACAUUCACCUUAAUAUAUUAUCUGUAUUGUAGAAAUUAAAACACACUGUUUCGUCAUAUUCUCUUAUUUUAAAAUCAACUAUGAAUACAAUUAAUGUCUACUGCUACGUUGUUUUCAUUAUUCUCAGGUAAAUACUUAUUCAUUUUUAUCAUUCAUUUUGUUAACAUCCAUUGAUUUCAUAUUUUAGCAUAACAGGUUUGAUUUCUAUUCUAUUUUAUAUGUUUAUAUGUAUUAUUUUAUUACUUUCAUAGUUCAAAUUAAAUCUGAAAUAUGUGAGAAGACACCUCAAUACGGUGAAUGCUCUACAAAUAGUGCAUGUAGAUGCUUUCAUAUUGUAGGUACUAAUAAUAAUAAUACAGGAGUCUGUGGUUUCCUCUGGCCUAUAUGUUCUCGUCUUGUACUAUGCAAUUCUUCAGACAAUUCGUGUCUUCAACCAAAUACAAUUUGUGUUCGACAUCCUGAAUGUGAUGAUAGUCCUCUUUGUUAUCCAGUUGCAUUGACUCAUGAAAGUUACUGUCCACCAAUAAAAACUAAGAUCAAUCAAGAAUGGAAACAAAAUGGCAUCACUGUGGCUGGUGGAAAUGGAGAAGGACAAAAAUUAAAUCAAUUCCGUGGCCCUGCUGGAAUCUUUAUUGAUAAAAACAAAAAUAUUUUCAUUGCUGAUCUUGAUAAUCAUCGUAUUGUUGAAUGGAACUAUAAUGCAAAGCAAGGACAAAUUAUUGCAGGUGGAAAUGGGCAAGGAAGUCGAAUGGAUCAAUUGGAUCGACCAACAGAUGUAAUUGUUGAUCAACAAAACCAUUCGAUCAUUAUUGCUGAUUAUGGAAACAGACGCGUGAUACAGUGGUUCAAUCAAAGUCAACAAAUUCUCAUUUAUAAUAUUGACUGUUCUCGUUUGGGAAUGGAUAAAUAUGGAUUUCUUUAUGUUAAUGAUUAUAUGAAGAAUGAAGUGAGACGAUGGACAAUGGGAGAGUAUAACAAUGAAGGAAUUCUAGUGGCUGGUGGAAAUGGAAAAGGAGAUGAACUCAAUCAAUUUAAUUAUCCUAGUUUCAUCUUUGUUGAUGAAGAUCAAUCUGUUUAUGUAACAGAUAGAGACAAUAGCCGUGUGAUGAAAUGGAGAAAAGAUGCAAAUGAAGGAAUAAUUGUGGCUGGAGGAAAUGGUGAAGGAGGAAAUCUCAAUCAAUUAUCGUCAUCUGCAGGAGUGAUUGUUGAUAAUUUGGGUCAAGUCUAUGUGGCAGAUUUUGAUAAUCAUCGAGUAAUGCGUUGGCGUGAAGGAGAAGAAGAAGGUGAAAUCGUUAUUGGUGGAAAUGGUGAAGGAGAUCAGUCAAAUCAAUUCAGUGGUCCCAAUGAUUUAUCUUUUGACGAACAAGGAAAUCUUUAUGUUGUUGAUAAUGGAAAUGCUCGAAUUCAAAAAUUUGAAAUAGUUUUAUAA